GAGGGACGGUGCGUUGCGCCUCAAAAGACCUAGAGUAGCCGACCAGAGUGUAGCAAAAUGGACUAUUAUAACGUCGGCUGGAGACGGGGGUCAGUCCAGCUUAAAGUCACCAAGUUUACCCUCAAUUCCCACGAUGCGCAUUCAAGUCUAUUCGCAAAAUGAAACCCUCAUCCUAUCUUCACUUUCUCUUCCUCAACCUUCCGCUUGCGGUCUCCCGGCCUACAGCCGGUUCUCAAGAAAAGACACCUUCGGAACCCUGCGAGGCUAAAAUCGGCGCUACUUGGGUUCCGGCAGCCCCACCAACACUCCAGUCGCGAGAUGAGCCUGCAGCUGUCGAAUCUCACACUGGACGCCUAGCAUCACUCAACAUUAUUGUUGGCGAUGGCGGCUCGCCCGCCGCAGACAAGAAAAAAUCGAAAGAAUGGGGGCUCGAAUGUCACGAUCACGAUGGACCAAACAUCUUCUUCACCCAUCCACUGCUGUCCAACAUUUCAUUCAACGUCCAUACUGAAUGGUAUGUCACGUAUCCGGGCCGCCUGGCGAGGAAGUUCAGCAGUGAAGGUUACAACAUAACGAAGCCUUCAGAGCGUACAUGCUUUUGGAAGGAGAUAAGAAAAGUCAAAAAGCAUUGGAUUGAGAGGGGGAAGAUCAGCAUAAGAGCAACUGGUGAUGCGAACAUCACCAUGGCGGAGGAACAGCUAAAAGACAUCACCAAAAUCAUGGAAGAUCUGGCACCUACCGUUGAGAUUACGGUGCUCGCUCUAGGGCUCACAAUACCCAUCUGGGGCAUGCUUCUAUUGAGGGCAUGCGUGGCUGUCAUUGCCUUCUGCUGUGGCCUAUUCAUGGUCAUCAAGGAAACAUUCCGGUCGCGCAGGGGUGUCAAUAUCGCCGCGCACGACCACGGUUCCGACGACGGCGGUGCUGGCCCGGACUGUGAAUUGGAGUCCCCUACUUCCACUGAGUUCCGCAACAAGGACGUCUCGUCACCCUUCACCACCAACAGGCGAUGGUCGAGCUUCGGCAGAGCGGGCAGCGGUACCUGGAAGUUCCUCCCGGCGUACACUGAAGAAGGACGCACGGUCGAGUUGCACGAGCUGAGGCACGGCUCCAGCGCAUCUAGUUCUGCUGCACCGCCUUAUCCGGGAGACAUGCCGCCGCGGUACAGCAUAAUCGAGGCUAUGAGAGAUGAAUGGAAGCACGAAGACAGGAGGGAAAGCAGAACCGACGACAGAGAUUCGUGAAUAGCACCUAGCCCUAGAACAGCUGGUGGUGAAGACAUAAGAUCGAUAAAUCUUGAACAGUUUGCUUGGGCAAUCAA